GUAUGGCAUGAACUGCCUCAUUCAAUUUGAGGAUUUCGCUAAUGCUAAUGCAUUCCGCCUCCUGCAUAAGUACCGGAACAAGUAUUGCACUUUCAAUGAUGACAUUCAAGGAACUGCAUCUGUGGCUGUUGCAGGUCUUCUUGCAGCUCUGCGUAUCACCAAGAACAGAUUAUCAGAUCACACAGUGUUGUUCCAGGGAGCUGGAGAGGCUGCACUGGGGAUAGCAAACCUCAUUGUUAUGGCUAUGGAAAAAGAAGGGGUAUCUAAAAAUGCAGCUAUCAAAAGGAUAUGGAUGGUUGACUCAAAGGGAUUAAUAGUAAAGGGGCGUGCCUCAUUAACAUCUGAGAAACAACGUUUUGCCCACGAACAUGGUGAAAUGAAAAAUCUAGAAGAUAUUGUUAAAGAUAUAAAACCAUCUGUUCUAAUAGGAGUUGCUGCAAUUGGUGGUGCUUUUACAAAACAAAUUCUUCAGGAUAUGGCUGCUUCAAAUGAACGUCCUAUUAUUUUUGCUCUCAGCAAUCCUACCAGUAAAGCAGAAUGCACUGCUGAGCAGUGCUACAAAUAUACAGAGGGACGUGGCAUUUUUGCCAGUGGAAGUCCUUUUGAUCCUGUCACUCUUCCAAGCGGUAAAACUCUCUAUCCUGGACAGGGUAACAAUUCCUACGUCUUCCCAGGAGUUGCCCUUGGCGUUAUUUCAUGUGGACUGAAACAUAUUGGCGAGGAUGUGUUCCUCACAACUGCUGAGGUGAUUGCUCAGCAAGUUUCAGAGGAGAAUUUACAGGAAGGUCGUCUGUACCCUCCGUUAGUCACUAUUCAGGAGGUGUCGCUGAAAAUAGCUUUGAGGAUCGCACAAGAGGCCUACAGGAACAACACUGCCUCCACCUAUCCUCAGCCCAAGGACCUAGAAGCCUUCAUCCGCGCUCAGGUUUACAGCACCGACUAUAACAGGUUUGUGGCUGACUCCUACACCUGGCCUGAAGAAGCCAUGAAAGGGAAACUAAAUAUUUAAUGAAGAAUGAACAAACAGGCAGCAAUUAAAAAGCAUUAAAAUAUUCAGAACGUUUCUGCCUAGGAAGCCUACAAAUAGCUAAUUUUGUAAGACGCAGAAAACUUUUUCUAAAUUGUAAUUAUUUGGUUAGAAACUCAGAUCAGGAAAUCAUACGAAUUAUACAUCAGAAAAUAAAAAUUAAUCGGAGAAAUA